CGUUAGCCAGUGAGGACAGCGAGAAGAGUUUAAAAGGAGACACCUUACAGAGCGGGCGGUAGAGUAGAAAGGCUUUGGCUCAACGGGGCUUCAGCGAUAACGGUCGAGGCGUGGUGGGUUGCCUGUGUAGAAUACAGACAGGAAGUAUGUGUGUGAGGCUGGUGUUCUGUGCUCAGUGUCAGAUGUAGGAAGUCCAGGAGACUCCCAGUCUCCCGGAUGGCCACGUCUGUGCCAAUUGAGUCGAACUGCAGCUCCUUAGGGACCAUGUUAGGGAACUGGAGAUACAGCUUGAUGACCUUCAUCUGGUCUGGGAGAGUGAGGAGGUGGCAAAAAGGAAUUAUAGGCAGGUAGUCACACUGGGGCCUUGGGAGACAGAUAAGUGGGUAACAGUCAGGAGAGGGAAGGGUGGGAAUUAAAGGCUAGAGAUCACCCUGUGGCUGUACCCCUUGACAAUAUGUACUCCUGUUUGAGUACUGUUGGGGGGGAACAGCCUACCUGGGGGAAGCAACAGUGGCCGUGCCUCUGGCACAGAGUCUGGCCCUGUGGCUCAGAAGGGUAGAGAAAGGAAGAGGAUGGCAGUAGUGAUAGCAGACUCUGUAGUUAGAGGGACAGACAGGCAAUUCUGUGGAUGCAGGAAAGAAACACAGAUGGUAAUUUGCCUCCCAGGUGCCAGGGUCCGGGAUGUUUCUGAUCGCGUCCACAAUAUCCUGAAGUGGGAAGGAGAACAGCCAGAGGUCAUGGUACAUAUUGGUACCAACGACAUAGUCUUGGUGAGAGCUGACCAAAAGCAGUGCAACGUCAACCCUCCCUGCUUACUGUUGUCCUCGUCCCGGGGAAGAAGACAACUAUUUACACGGUUGCUGUUAAGGAGUGCUGAUGCAGAUUCCAACUCUUCCCUUUGGGAAAUAAUUGGGAUUGAACUGUACCCAGAAGAUCUGUCGACAUAUUGCUUUCAACCUGACCGGAGAACAUGCCACCGAAAGUACACUGUUCCUUUUACAGCAGAAACCAAAAAGUUGCUAUAUGCAAAUAAUGAUCGAAUUUCUGCCUUGGGAAAUACUGCCAGGGUUUCUAGAGUGGCAGCUAGACUUUUGAGGAGAAUGAUGUCUUUUAAACAAUGUCCAAUAGCCACCAAAAGACCAAGAAUAAAAGUAGUAAAACUCUCUUCUACAUUUCCCACCAGAAACAAAGAUUUGCAUUUAUCUAGCACUUUUAAUAUGCAUAAACACCCCAAGGUGUUUCACAGGUACUUUAUCAGAAAGAAAUUUUGCACUGCUGCUAAAAAGUUUAUGGAAAAUGGAAUGAAAAACUAUGAGUCAAACCAUACUUCAGCAAUUGUUACAAAGAACCCUGGAGCACCAACUAUUAGAAACACCAGUAAGAGCUCAAGGAUGGCAAAGACUAGAAGCUCUCUGGUGACCCCCACCAGAAGUAAUUGGGUUGCUGCCAUCAAGAAUACUGAUGGCUCUUUGGUAGCUGUACCCAGGUUAAACAUCACCAAGAAACGUUCAGCAACUGUCAUUGCGAACCCUGGGAGAAUUAUCCCUGUAAACCCAGUGGUAAAUGCUACUCAAGUGCCAGGAGCAGCAACCAAUCAAAAUCCUUUGACGAUAGCCGCUGGAAAUCCAAGGAUGACUACUGGGAGCAGUUUGAAGGUGGCCGCUGGAAAUCUGAAGAUGACUACCGGAAGAAAUUUGAAGAUGACCCCUGGAAAUCCAGGGGUGACAACUGGGAGUGACUUCUUGUCAGUUGCCAUUAAGAAUGAUAACAUCCUCAUUAAAACUGAUACAAACCAAAGCCCAAGUAACAUCAAAAACAGGUACACUGUCACCAUUCGUCACCCCAACAAGAGUGCUAUCCAAAAGCCCAGCAGAAGUAACAGUGGAAGCACCAGACGUGUUUCUAAUCAACCGUCCAAAAUGAUCACCGUGAAAUCUCCCCGUGGGAAGGUCACUAAAGAAGUGAAUGGGAUCCUUAAUCAAAAAUUGAGCAGAAUUGACAUUAAAAUCACAGCAGGACCAUAAUUCAGAACCCUAGAAGAAGCCCCAUUCAAAAAUUCAGCUGAAGCACCAGUGAAGAAAUUAACAAUAUCAUUAUUGUAAAUCCCAGUCGAAAAGCCAAAUUAAAUGCCAUUAUGGACCGUGACAGAAUAGCCACUCAAAAUCCUACCACAACCAGUGUCAGAAAUGUCAGCAUUAUUAAUGUUAAGAAACUUGCUUAGCCCUUCAGUUAGAAGACAGAAGCAAAUCUCAGCAUUUUAUAUUUGGCAUUUGCAUGAGAUUAAAUAAUUAAGCAGAA